AUGCUCCCAGCUGUGCUAUUCACGGUGGCAGGUUUUGAGACACCACCUUGGGCGGAACAACCGCUACGCAACCUUCAUGAGCAAAUUCUAUGGAAUUAUUCCACCAGCACGGAGGCUGGCCGAGUGGACAAUAGACGUGUCGCCAUGUCGAGAAACAACAAGGCGGCCGAAGAGCCCAGGCGACAGAUCCAGCAAUUAAUCGGUCCCUUGCUGCACCCAACACCACCGGAUCAGAAGGUAGAGCAGCAACAGUUACUGCAAGCGCUUACCAGCCUGAAUUCAGGUGAUAAGAUGGACGACGCCGGAGGAAUGGUGGUGGGGCUUUUUGUGCCCAUGUCAUCGGCAAUGACACCAUAG